ACCUGAGCCAUCACAGCCACAGUGUGGAUUUACUGGCCAGUAGGUAGGUCAGCAUCAGCCCGUUCCUGUUGCCAGCUGUGCACUGUCGCCAUUCACUCACCCUCCCCAGAGCUCAUUCACGCAAUCAAAUGCUCGCAGACUCGACCCCCUUUCACGGCCAAGACUCAGGAGGGCCAGCUUCGAGUGGAGGGACAACGGCAAUCGCCAUACGCAGUGCCACCAAGGACAGCCUGAGCACGCCAGAUAAGACAACAGAAAACACAGGCGCCAUCCAGCAACAGGCCGAGGCCCCCUUGAUGACUCAGAACAUCUGGAUAUUCAUCUUCCGUGGGUUACCGUACGACACAUACAACAGGCGCCACACCAUCUUCUACCUCGACUCGCCCGAUGUCGAGGACUUCCACAUCACGGCGCACGCCCAGCGGCCCACCGAGCAGGAGCCCUACGAGUACCUCGAGGUCGACGGCGAGGAGGUAUACCCGAUGAGUGUCGACCUCAUCCACGGGCGUCUCGUGGGGAGGGUCCAGGUCGACACGUCUCAGCCGCGGAAGCUCCUGGAUACCAUCGCCUCAACGCCGGUCAACGGGGAGCCUGACUGGAACUGCCAGCACUUUGUCUACAAUGCCCUGGAGAGGCUCACCGAGGCGGGUGCCAUAUCUGAGGAGCAGGUGAACGACACCAAGGAGUGGAUGAUGGAUUCCUUGCUGGAUGGGGCUAUCGCAUAAUGAGGUGGCAGCAUGUGAUGUUGUAUUCAUACCGAGCCGAGCUCAACUGUUGGUAGCUGGCUACUCUAGAAAUGACAGGGCUCAUGCCGUUUUCAAUGUUUGCA